CUUAAAUCUCUAAAUAUGUAUAUAUACAAAGAAUACUGAAAUUGUAUAUUUUAUUUAUGACUAAUACUUUUUUGCUUUGCUUGGUUACCAAAUUUAAUAAGAAAUUACCAGUCUCCUCAUCCGCCGGAUGUGAUAAAAUGCGUUACUCAGCUGAAAUCUUGAACUUAAUGGUUUUUAAUGUAGCCACCCUUGGAAAUACUUCACAGUCUAGUGUUUGCACUGCUGGAUUAAAGUUCUUUAUUGAGGAUAAAAUGCGAUUCAAUUUAAUCUUUUUAUGCGGGUUAGCCCUGUACGGGACCACUGUCGCCAGUUUAACCGAUGAGCCAAUUUCUGAGUGCACUGUUCCCUUGGACCAAAUAAACAAGAUUCUGGAGAAUCGGCUUAGCUCAUUUGGUGAAACCUUGCACGAGAGAUUGAUGAGCUUGGAAAAUCGACUGACCCAAUCGGAAUGCUCAAAGAAAUGUUCAGUUCGAAAUGGAGGCUCCCCGUCGUUUGAUUAUGGGUCUCGAGUAAGAAAUAUAGUCGAUAACUUUUUGGAGAUAUUCGAUGCAAGGAUCGAAGAGAGAGAGAGUAUUACGACAUGUGAAACAGGAAGUAGAUUCGAGAAGUCAAAAGAGAUUGAAAAAAAUACUGAUAAAAGUAACACGAUCGUAAAUCGAUUGGAGGAUAUCAAAAAAGACCUAGCUAAAAUAAAAGAAAUAAGGGAGAAGGCUAAGAGAACGGGUUCUUAUGAUGAAACUGAAAGUACUACCACUGAAAGUUCUAUUAAAGACCCUUUGAAAGCUAAACUAAGUACUACUGAAACUUCUACUGAUGCUCCUUCUACAGAGAGUUCUACUGAUUAUUUUACUGAGAUCUGAUUGAAACGAAACGGAAUCAACUGAUAAUACCAUAGAAAAAAAAUUAUGUGGAUUAUAACGAUAAUUGAAGGGAUAUGAAAGUUUUUGAAAAAUUCCUGUCUAAAUUAACAUGAAAAUUGGCCUAGGAUUUCAUGUUAAAGUUGUCAUAAAACGACAACUCACCAAAAAUAUACAAUUUAAUAUUCCGUAAUAAUUGUAAUGAAAAUCAAAUUUUUAAGAAGAUUUUAUUUUCAUUUAAAUAAAACGCCUCUCCAAAAAUAAGAAGACCUACAAUUGUAUUAAAGCUGUUUAGAAAGUAAUUCUAGAGAAAUGUAAAUUUUAUAACUAUUUACAAUAAAUUCCAUAUUUUUUAAAAAGUA